AUGAAUGAAUUCUUACACAAUUAUGGAGUGAAGGUUUAUGAUGAUAUCCAAGAGGAGAUAAUUGAAGAAUCGGAUAAUGAAUUACUUGGGGGCAAUAAUGAAUUAUUUAGUAAUGAUGAUGAAUUAUCUGGAAAUGAUAAUGAAUUAUCUGGGAAUGAUUAUAAGAUGAAAAUAUUUAGGGAAGAGUUUGAAAGACCAAUUCCUAUUACUUCUAAUACUAAGUUUACAUAG